UAAAGACGGCUAAAGGCGGUUUUUGAGAGGGUAAAAUCAAGUUGAUGGUCUCAUAAAGAUAUUGCUUGAAAAGGUUCUAUACUUGGAAUGGAUAAAAUCUUUUUGUAUUCUGCUGCACGCGAAUUCAUUUUGUGCGCUUCUUCGAAUAUUGCAACGUGAAUACCAAAAUAUAGCUCAUAUUUUAUAAAUCAAUUCGUUUCUGCGAGUCUAUUAUGUAAUUUUGAACCAUAUAUUACCCUUGAAACCACAGUUUGUGAAAAUACAUGAGUGAAAAGUAAGGCUGCAGACACAUUCCUAGUUCCUAUUUUAUUGCUCAUGUUCGACAAAGGAGUUUCAAAAAACAUGCCAGAAGUCGUAGUGACAUUCCAAGAAACAGCACCGAAGACUUCCAACCAGCAAUUGAGAGGAGUAUUUUUUAUGGCUGCUAAUGCAUUCCUACUAGCUGUGGUGGGUAUACUAUUCGAGUUCAGUGGACUGACCGGAUCCCAGAUGUCCUUCGCAACUUCGGCUCUCGGAACCUCUUUAGCAUUCGCCGCUAUCUGUGCUUCCAAGGGCGAAACUACUCUGACUAAAUAUCACGGACUAGCACUGCUCAAUGGUCUUGUAAACGGAGGUGCCACUAUUUUCUUCCUCUACCUAUCGAUCGACUUAAUUGACCCGGCAGGAACUACUGUUGUCCAAAUUUUCAUCUGUAUUGUCAUUGCGCUAGCCAUUGAGAAGUUCAAACUGAAAAAAGCACCCCACUGGUUAUCAGUUAUCUCUAUUAUAACUGGAUUUGCAGGCAUGGCUACAAUGUGUCAAAAAGAUUUCGCCGGCACUCGGAUAACUACAAAUUACCUUGUUGGCAUGUUUUAUGCAUUGGUAUCAGGAGCUACAGGUGUCGCGUACUUUAUCUUAAUCAAAUUGAGUGCCAACAAAGUACCUGAAAGCUGGAACUGGAUGUCUUAUAUGUUAGGAUGCGCCGCACCUAGCGUACCUUCGUUAUUCCAUACAUACCAUUUACCAUCUUGUAGUUUGAGGAUAAAAGCUGUUGGGCUACUAGCUGCCUUCACCCAAACCAUUUCAGCCCUUAUGGCGGUGAAGGGUUUCAUGUUAAUCAAAGCGUCCGCAGCUUAUGUGUUCCAGUUUUUGGCAUCUGUGUUGGCGUUUGUGCUCCAGGUUAUUUUCCUGCCCAAUUUAUUCUCUUGGGUCUCUUGUAUUGGCGCAUUAUUAAUCAUAGUGGCAAUCGGAAUUCAACUGUUGGUGAUUUUGAAGUUUGAAACAUCUGAACAAAAGCAUGUCGAAGCUGAGCUUCAAGAAACAAAACUUCAAUGAAGAGUUUUAAAUAUCUCAUGGUAUCAAAAACCUUCAAAACUUUUGUUACCUGUGCUACUCUAACAACUCAUCACUUUGAUAAUUUUUUUGGAAAAA